CCCCCUCCGUGCCGCCCCCGGAGCCGCCAGCCCUCCGGGGCGCACCGGCCGCGAGUAAAAAGGCGGCGACGGCAGCACGGGCUCCGCGCUCCCUCCUCCCCGCGUCCCCGCCUCCCGCCUCCAGUUCCCCGGCCGGCGGCGCGGAUCUCGGGGCGCCCCCUGGUACCCCGCCCACCAUGAGCGCCCUCAAGCCGGACGGCGAGCUCGGCGGCGUGGCCGACCCCAGCGCGGGCCCCGGCGACUCCCCGGAGGAGGAGGUCCGCACGCUGUUUGUCAGUGGCCUCCCAGUGGACAUUAAGCCCCGGGAGCUCUACUUGCUUUUCAGGCCCUUCAAGGGCUAUGAAGGCUCCCUCAUCAAGCUCACCUCCCGACAGCCUGUUGGCUUUGUGAUCUUUGACAGUCGGGCACGGGCAGAAGCCGCCAAGAAUGCUUUGAACGGUGUACGCUUCGACCCCGAGAACCCACAGACUCUGAGGCUCGAGUUUGCCAAAGCCAACACCAAGAUGGCCAAGAGCAAGCUGCUGGCCACGCCGAACCCCAGCAGUGCCCACCCCGCGCUCGGGGCACACUUCAUCGCCCGCGACCCCUAUGACCUGAUUGGAGCAGCCCUGAUCCCCACGACCCCUGAGGCCUGGAGCCCCUACCCGCUCUAUACCACCGAGCUGGCCCCUGCCAUCUCCCACGCCGCCUACGCCUACCCUGCUGGCCCCGCGGCUACCACGGCCGCCCUGCAUGCCCAGGUGCGCUGGUACCCGUCCUCCGACUCUACCCAGCAGGGGUGGAAGUACCGGCAGUUCUGCUAGUGCUCCCGUAAGUCCCCUCCUGGGGCCUGGGUUCGAGAGCUCCACGGUGCUAGGCCUCUCUCCUCUCCCUCCAGGUGGCCUGGGCCUGGACUGGGGACAGUUAGAGACAAAACCUCCCCCCAGCUUCCAGCAACCCCGGGCUGCUGUGGAGGGUGCCUCCCUCCAGACUGUGAAUUCACCAGCUGACUGCGUGUCCUCGGGCCUGUGGGUUGGGGCGCCCAAGCCCAGCCUGGAGGCCCCCCCGACCCAGCAGGGCCUGACCUCUGGUCAAACCGUGUGCUGGAGCCCCCCUCACUCCCUUGAAAGAGGUGGUCCGUUCUUGCACGUUCUCUGGCACGAGCGAAGACACUUAAACUGUGUAUAUGUGAGUGUACAGUUUGUCCCCAAUACGUGUCACCAUAGCAACAAGGCCCCCCGGCCACUGAGGCAUCACCAGCCCUGGUCCCCUCCACGCCCCUGCCCUGCACCCACGCUACUUCAGCAAGGACCUCCACCUGCUCCCCCCACCACACCCCCCCACUUCAGGCCAGACCCCACUGGGACCACCUCCAAUGAGAGAGAAUGUUUUCUUUUUCUUUCUUCCACGUCUAAGCCGGCCUAGCCCCUUCUCCGCCCACGGCUCACUUCUGUGUCACCAUCGCCGCCACCACAGCCACCCCCAUCACUCUCCCCACCCACCACCCCUGCCCCACAAGCCCUCAUUCUGUUCUAACUGGCCGAGCCAACCAGAAAGUGAAAGUAUUUUUGUAGCCUGUGUAACCAAAUAUUUAUGCAUCAUAAAGGAUUUUUCGUGUGUGCGAUUAAUUAUUCAAGAGCCCGGGCAGCCCUGUCAGAUGAGGUUAGCGUUGUGUUGGAGGCACGAAGAGGAAAGAGGUCCCACUCAUUCUCCAGCCGGCAGCCCCUCCCGGUUGGGUGAAGAGCAGAGAGAACCUCGUGCCGUUUUAUUUUAUUUUGUUCCGUUUUGAUUUGUGGGUGUUCCCAGCGAGGCCGGCCUGCCGACAGGCGGGGAGAGACCCGCUGCACAAUGUUGGGGUAGAAUCCUAGGAUGUGAAACUGCAGAAUCUAUGAAAUGCAAAAUAAAAAGAUCAUCUGA